CUCGUUACUCCCCUUAAAUUCCCAAAACAAUCACCUAAUUAUUUCAAAUUCCGAAGGCAAUUAGUCAUUCCCCAGUGAGAGUCAUACGUAUGACAUCAUUUCUAGAAAAAACAAGUCAAGGUCCAAGUGAUCAUCUUCCAAGUGCUGGAUAUUCCCCCAGGAUGCAAAAAAAUUACAAUCAAUCGAUGAAAUAACACCAAAAGAUCCACCAAAAAAUCCAUAAAACAUUUUCUUUUUGUAGAUAUUUGAGAAAACCAUUGGGUGAAGGGUUUAGACUUCUAGGAAAUUCCUGGGGUGGUUCUCGAGGACAAUGGCUAAGACCUAUGACUACUUGUUUAAGUUGUUGCUCAUUGGAGACUCUGGAGUUGGCAAGACUUGUGUUUUGUUCAGGUUCUCCGAGGAUGCCUUCAACACCACUUUUAUAUCAACUAUUGGUAUUGACUUUAAAAUACGCACAAUCGAGCUAGACGGCAAGAAGAUUAAGCUACAAAUAUGGGAUACCGCUGGUCAGGAGAGGUUUCGUACAAUCACAACAGCCUAUUAUCGUGGAGCAAUGGGUAUAAUGCUCGUCUACGACGUGACAAACGAGAAAAGCUUCGAGAAUAUAAAAAAUUGGAUUCGCAAUAUCGAGGAAAAUGCAUCAGCUGACGUCGAGAAGAUGCUUCUAGGUAAUAAAUGUGAACUUACGGACAGGAGGCAAGUGUCCAAGGAGCGUGGUGAGCAAUUAGCUGUUGAAUAUGGUAUUAAAUUCAUGGAGACAUCGGCCAAGUCUAGUAUCAACGUGGAGGAAGCUUUUUACACGUUGGCCAGAGACAUCAAGACCAAAAUGGAGAAAAAACUGAAGGAGGCAUCAAAUCCACCAAAAACUGGUGGAAAUCAACUUAAAGCGUCAGAGCCAGCGAGAAAGCCACCAAAUUGGUUGGCAAGAUGUACUAUACUCUGACCCAUCAUUAUAAAGUCUGCACUGUCAACCGUUUACAAUCGUAAAAACCAUUUUUUUACACCUCACCAGCGACAAUCGAAGAUACAAACGCAUCGAAUGUUUGUGGAUGCAUAACUAGUAUUCAACGAUGCGAGUGAUGAAAAACAUCUCGACGAGAUUUGAUUUUAUUUUAACAAAUUUAUUUUAAAAAUAACAAAACGAGAUAAAAGUAAACAAUUGGUUUAGUUAUUUUCUAAGAAAUUAUGAUGAUAUUAACGGGAACACAGGGAGAUGGCCGUUGACCAAAUCCACUAUUGCACAGGAAUCUUUUUAUUACUCUAGCUGUUAAUUAUGUAUUUGCAUUGAGGAAAUAAUGACGGUGGGAUGAACUUAUUCGCUCAUUCGAUAGUACAAUCAUGACUGCGGCAGUUUUAAUCAGUUCAUUAACUGGGAGAUGAAUGAGUUGUAAUCGAUUAAUUCUUCCCCUUGCAAUUCAAUCGAUAUCUCUCGAUUUUUUGAGGGAGGGAGUGAAGUGAUUGCUUUAUUUCGUGGAUAUCUCCAGAAGUAUUGGAUCUAGAGAAAAAGUUCCGGGGAAUUUAUUGUGGAUAAUGAAAUUUUCCAUGGAAAAGCUCCCACGAAGUUUUUUCCAAAUCCAGCGGUUCCUGAGAUAUCCACGAAAGAAAAUGAGAAUUAUUUCAUCAAUUUCGUAUAUUCUCUUUUUUUCUCAAUUCGGUCUCUCGUGUGUAUCUCCUGAAGUAUUGGGUGUACGGAAAAGAAUUGUGGGACCUUUUUUGGGUAGAAUUAAAUUCUCUAGAAAAAUUGUCGAAUUUCUUUUUGUCGUACACCCACCGGAUCUCGAAAUAUUCGCGAAAGAAAAGAGUAAAAGUGAAUUUUAAAGGAAUUAACAUCGGUUUUGUCACUCCCUUGCUCAAUUAAAACAAUUUCCUCAUUUAAUAGCACGUAUAAUGAGAAGUAUAGGUGAAUGAUGAUAUGUAGAGAAUAAUUUAAGGCCGGGAUUUCUCUCCGUAUGUUCAUAAUACUACCGAAUAUAGCUUUUUCACGACG